AUGUGGAAGACGGUCAUGUGCGCGGCGGCUGCGCUGGCCAGCAUUACAAGGGCGGCAAGUUAUGAUGAUAUUCCCGAGAUCGAGGUCUACGGACAACAUUUCUUCUACACCAACAAUGGCUCGCAGUUUUACCUCAAGGGUGUCGCGUACCAACAAAAUUACUCGCCAAACGGGAGCACCAGCGCCAGCUCGGGCUAUACUGACCCGCUCGCUGACGGCGAUGCGUGCAGACGCGACAUCCCGUAUCUCAAGCAGAUCUACACCAACAUCCUCCGUGUCUAUGCCAUUGACCCGACCAAGAGCCACGAUGACUGCAUGGCACAGCUGGCCAGCGCUGACAUCUAUGUCAUUGCUGAUCUGGGAGAGCCUGGCACGUCGAUCCGGUCUAACGACCCCGAAUGGGACGUCACCCUCUACAACCGAUACACAGGCGUGGUCGAUGCGCUGCAAAAGUACAAGAACGUGAUUGGUUUCUUUGCUGGGAACGAAAACGUCAGUUCCGACAACCAGACUGCCGCUGCGGCCUUUGUCAAGGCGGCUGUCCGCGACACCAAGUCGUACAUUUCCAGCCAAAAGUACCGUAGCACGCUGGGUGUGGGUUAUGCCACUGCCGAUGUGCCCACGCGUGACGAGAUUGCCCACUACUUUGCUUGCGAGCCUGGCAAUGCCGGAAACGGAACUGCGAUUGACUUCUGGGGCUACAAUGUCUACUCAUGGUGCGGUGAAAGCAAUUACGCCGCCUCUUCGUACGGCGAGCGUGUGCAAUUCUUCUCCGACUAUCCCGUACCCGUCUUCUUCGCUGAAUAUGGAUGUAUCGAGGGCGUAACAGGAGGCGCUACCAACCGCCCUUUUACCGAGGUCGAAGUCCUCUACGGCAACAUGACCGAGGUCUUCAGCGGCGGCAUCGUGUACGAGUGGUUCAUGGGUGUGAACGACUACGGUCUUGUCUCACUGACCAACAACGACGCCAGCGUAUCGCCGUACCCUGAUUUCACGUCCCUGCAGAGCCAGUUGGCUACGGUUAGCCCGACGACUACGCAGAAGAGUGCCUACACGCCUUCGCACUCUGCUCCUGCAUGCCCUUCGGUGGGCGGGUCCUGGCUUGCGCAAGCCUCUCCUCUACCGCCCACAGUGAAUCCCCAGCUCUGCUCCUGUAUGGUGCAAAGCCUCCAGUGCGUCUACACGUCAGAUGACGAGGAGGCCUACAGCGAGGACUUUGGCUACAUCUGUGGAGCCGACGAAGCGUACUGCUCCGGCAUCGCUCGCAACGCUACCACUGGUGACUUUGGAGCUUUCUCGGGCUGCGACCCCAAGGACCAACUCGCUUUUGCAGCUAACCAAUACUACCUGGGCCAAAGCAGGCGUGCUGACGCGUGCCGCUUCAGCGGAAGGGCAUCGGUUCAGAGUGCGACUACGGCUUCUAGCUGUGGAGCCUUGCUGAGUGCCGUGGGGUCUGCUGGUACAGGCACGGUACCGACGGCGACGGGCCGGGGCACAGCAGCUGCCAGUUCGAGUUCCAAAGCUGGGGCCCCAAGUCUCAGCGCGGCUCGUUUCUUUGAGCAUACUGGACUGGUCAUGGGCGCGUACGUGACGGUGGCGGUGGGCAGCUUGCUGGGCAUGCUCGUGCUCUAG